UAGUCAAUUCACACACAUUAUCCCCUUUGAGUUUCAUCAUCUCACCCGUCCCUGUAUCCACUGCAGUUCCAAUUUCUGGAAGAAACUACCUUCUUUCUGGAUAGACAGACCACGAAAAUGGCUACUUCUGUAUCCUCUCUUGCAUUCUCUCUAUCUUCUCUCUCGUUUUCUUCCCAAGUAUCGCACAAGCCAAAUGCCCUGUCCUUUCCCCGUUCAAAAUCUCUUCAAAUUUCCCAUGCCUCCUCUACUACCCCACUUGUGGUAUCUGCCUCCGCCGCUGCCGGAGUGGAGACGGCGGACCUCAGGAGCUUCGUAAAAUCGAGCCUCCCUGGGGGUUUCGCCGCGCAAACUCUCAUUGGCACUGGUCGCCGGAAAUCUGCCGUAGCUCGUGUUGUCCUUCGAGAAGGCACUGGCAAAGUUAUUAUCAAUUACCGCGACGCUAAGGAAUACCUUCAAGGAAAUCCAUUGUGGCUUCAAUAUGUGAAAGUUCCAUUAGUAACAUUGGGAUAUGAAAGUAGCUACGAUGUAUUCGUGAAAGCCGAAGGAGGUGGGCUCUCUGGCCAGGCUCAAGCAAUUUCCCUUGGCAUUGCUCGUGCUCUGCUAAAGGUGAGUGAUGAUCACAGAUCACCUCUAAAGAAAGAGGGGCUUUUGACAAGAGACUCUAGAGUUGUGGAGAGAAAGAAGGCUGGUCUCAAGAAAGCACGUAAAGCCCCACAAUUCUCCAAGCGUUGAGGUUCAAUUUUCCUCUUGAUUUUUUUUAAAUAGCCUCGUUUCCUACUUUAUCUGUACAACCCAGAUGUUUUCUACUUUCUUUCCUCUCUAAUAUAGUGUUUAAACAUUUCUCCAUAUGAAAUUUGAGCAGGAGCCAGGAUAUGUAUUAAAAAAGUCAACCCAUAAUUGAUCAUUAUAAUUCUUUUUUUUAUAAAAAAAAUAUGUUCUUAGUCCA